AUCUUCUUGAAAUUAGCUAAAAGACUCCCUAUAUCAAAAAAAAGUUUACAGUUGUCAACUAGCUAUCUAUGGCUGUAUACAGUUCUUUCUUGGCUAAAGGAGAUAAUAAUGUGAGGAAAUGCUCUCAAACAUUUCCAAGAACUUGAACGAGGCGUAUAUGCUGCUGCAUUUUGUGGGUUCAGAGAGAGAGAGAGAGAGUUUGUAUCUGCUUCUAUAAUUUUAUUCCCUAUGAUUUUUUGGGUUAAUGGGGCUGGAUGCAAAAUGUGAUGAUGGUAUACUUUGAAUCCUCUUUUUAUAAUCCUUCCUCUCUCUCUCUCUACACAAAAGUUUUGGACCUCAAAGCCACUUUACAGGCUUUGUUCAAAGGCAGAGUAUGAUAAUCCCUUUUCAGGAAAUCACCUUUUUUUCACCCUACUCUGUUUUCUUGUAUGUCUUUUCUCAUUUGGUUUCUUUCUCCUUUCCAAGAUGCUUUUCUUCUUUUUUGGACUGUGUAUAAUACUGAGAUAUAAUAACAAUAUUCAAUCCAUUUAUUGAGUGAGGUGAAGCUACUUUAGCUGCUUUCUUGCAUGAUUACAUUCAACUAACCGCUGCAAAUCUCACAAUCUUCUUGUUAAUUGUUCUUGAUUUUUCAUCAUCUUGUGUUUUUUCCGGCCAAGAGCCAUUUUUGGUUGAAUCAUUUGUCACCAUUGGUUUACAUGCACACUUGCUUCAACGAAUGCAAUAAAUGAUGCUCGUGGAUACAAUAAAUACCGAAUGCCAAAAGCAGCAAGAAUUCUUGAAUCCUUUUCUGCUGGAUUCAUAUAUCUCGGUUUUUGGUUAGACAUCGGAAUGAGACGUUGUACUAAUCCCAUGUUGCUCGAUUGCAUCUUCUUCUAUCUCAAAUGAAGCAUUUAAUGUUGUAUUUUCUGCAAUGUGGUAGAAAUGAUUCUGUACAUUAUCAUCAUUUCAUCAGAUUCCCUAAAUAUCUGUACAAUUUUUUCCCUCUCUGCACUGUUGCAGGUGUUGUGGGCCACCAAGCAUUCGAGUAGCAUCUAAAUAUCUUCCAUUUUCGAGUUUCGUUUGAAAUAUGCAGACGCCUAAGUCAAGAACCAGUUCCUCAGGAGCAGCUCCGCGGAUUUCUCCUCACUCUAUUUCAUCUGAGGUGUCGGGGAAGAGCUCCCCUCGAUCAGCUCCCUCCGAGGCAUCCAGGAAACAUUCUCCACGAGCUGCCCGCCAGCUCAAGACAAGUCCGCGUUUUUUAGAGCCCACCAUCUCUUCUUCUAACCUAGCAACUCGAGCGCCAAAAGAGGCGAGCCUUAGAGUUUCUGAUCACAACUCGCCUGCAAGUCCGCUCUCUGAGAAGAAACGUCUGACCAAAGUUGCUGAGCUCGAGUCGCAGAUUUCUCAGCUAGAAAAUGAUCUGAAAAAUGUGAAGGAUCAGUUAUGCUCAUCAGAAAAAUCUAAGAAGCAAGCCCAGAGAGAUGCAGAUGAAUCCAACCAAGAGCUCUCAGUCCUCUCCUCAAAGCUUGAAGAGUCGGAGAAGAAACUUCUAGAGCUUUCAGCCUCUCGGAAUGCUCUUACAGUAGAGCUCUCUGAGACAAGUGAGGAACGAGACAGGUCGUUGCAAGCUGAGCUGGAGGCUCUGCAGAAGCAGCAGUUGCAAGAAUCAGCUGCUUUGGCCUCUGCAUUAGAUGAGAUCGAAAGGCUCAAAGCUCAGCUUGAGAUGGUAGCUGCGUCCGAAGCUAACAACUCAGAAUCUGCACCAACCGAGCUCCAUAACCUGAACGAGGCACUUGUGGUCGUGGAAGAAAUGAAGAAGCAGCUAAGCGACUCCAAGAAAUCAGAAGCUGAGGCGCAAGAACUCGUUGGUGAGACACUUAUGCAGCUGGAAGCAGCGAAGAAGAUGGUGGAGACGCUUAGGUGGGAUGGAUGUAAAGCUGCAGCUAGUGAGCUGGAACAGUCGAGGGCUCGUGUUGAGCUUCUAGAAGAGGACAUUAGAAAACUGAAUGCUGAAAUUGAAGAGAAGAAGGCAGUUGAAGCAGAAUUGGCCUCCGUGAAGCUCCAAGUGGAGCAGCUGAGAUCUGCUCUAGCAGUUGCUGAGACGAGGCGGAGUGAGGAUCAAGCUCGGAGCACAGAGCAAGUGAAGCACGCUCGUGAGAUCGUGGAACAGAUCAAAUCUGCAUCAGGGCAGAGAGAGGCGGAGUUGGAGGCAGAGCUGCGGAAAUCCAGCUAUGAAAUCGAGGAGCUGAGGUCGAGCCUCAUGGAUAAGGAGACGGAGCUGCAGAGCAUCUUCGAGGAGAACGACGCCCUCAUAAUGCAGCUGGAGAAGGCGAUAUCCGGGCACAAGGAGCAGGAGCUGAGAGCGGAAAUGGAGAGAAUAAAAGCACAGCACGAUGAGAUAGCAGAGGAGAACAGAGCACUGAGGGUGGAGAUGGCGGAGGAGGUGGAGAGGAGCAAGAGGAAGGCGGCUGAGCAGCUGGAGGCGGCGCAGGCAGGGAAUGCGGAGAUGGAGGGGGAGCUGCGGAGGCUGAAGGUGCAGUCGGAUCAGUGGAGGAAGGCAGCGGAGGUGGCGGCGUCCAUGCUGUCGGUAGGGAACGCGGUGGAGAGGACGGGGUCGAUGGACAACAACUACAGCCCGCGGAUGAGGAGGAUUGCGUCGCCCUACGCAGAUGAUCUUGAUGAUCAACUGCUCAAGAAGAAGAAUGUCAAUGUGCUCACAAAGUUUGGCGUGCUGUGGAAGAAGCCACACAAAUGAGAAUAAAAAUUGUAUUGCAUUUCUUUGCUACAACAACUCUUCAGUUUUAGGCUUAUUUGGUUAACAUGAAUGAAUUCAGUGAUGUUUAUUCAGUCAACAUACUUGACUUUUUUUUGUCUUGAAAAUGGGAAGAUAAUUGGGUUAAUCACA